AUGAGCGUACACCCCAAAAUGGACGCUCCAGCGAUCACACAGCGAGUCCCCAUCAAAGACCUCCAAAAGGUCUUCCAUUACACCGACACACUGACCCGGAAGCCGACCCGCGACAAUGACCCUUACGAGUAUAUGGCAGGCUUCGGUAACCGCUUCCAGUCCGAAGUGAUUCCGGGAACGCUUCCUGCUGGGCAGAAUAACCCCCAGGAGCCGAGGUUUGGGCUGUACGCGGAGGGCAUCACAUACUCGGCGUUCACGGCGCCGCGGCAUGCGAAUUUUAGUACUUAUAUGUAUCGUGUGAGGCCGGCUGCUGCGCAUAAUGGGUACAAGACUGAUAUCCCGCACAAGGCAGAUAUCGAAAAUUGCUUUUUGACGCUUAACCCUCGUGUGGCGACACUAGCAGAACAGGGCGAGUGGGCCCCAUUUCCGUUGCCAAAGGAGGACGAAAGGAUCGACUUUGUCGAUGGGCUACAUACAAUUGGAGGAAGCGGGGACCCGAACUUGCGCGAGGGUAUCGCGCUCUACGUCUUCAUGAUCAACGCAGAUAUGGACCACCGGGCCUUUUGCAAUACGGACGGUGACUUCCUCAUUGUUGCUCAGUUGGGUAAUCUUGAUAUCCAGACCGAGCUGGGUAAACUGUUCCUUCAACCCGGGGAGAUUUGCGUCAUUCCUCGCGGAAUCCGGUUCAGUGUACGACUUGGACCUGGCCACUCGGUGGCCCGUGGGUACGUUACAGAAGUCUGGGGAUCUCGAUGGGAGCUUCCUGACCUCGGUCCCCUGGGUGGCCACGGUCUCGCGAACCCCAGAGACUUUCUACACCCGGUAGCCUAUAUCGACGACAACCUGCACGAGGACUGGAUGAUAGUCAAUAAGGCUAACGGGGUAUACAAUGCGCUCGAGCAAGAUCAUAGUCCAUACGAUCUCGUCGCAUGGCACGGCAACGUCGUGCCGUACAAGUACGACCUCACAAAGUUCGCCUCCCAAAACGCAACCUCAAUCGAUCACACGGACCCAUCCACAAACUGCGUGCUAACCGCCGCCUCCCGCGACCCCGUCACCCCUCUCGCCGACUUUCUCUGGUUCGGGCCGCGCUGGGAUGUCGCAUCAAACACGUUCCGGCUUCCAUACUUCCACCGCAACUCUGCUACCGAGUUCCUGGCGUGUCUGUAUGGGAGUGGGCUGGGGAGGUCCGAUGACUUUUUGCCUGGCGGUGGAAGUGUCGAAAUCAGCCACACGCCUCAUGGGAAUUUUAGUCAGGAUUAUGUUUGGGAAAUGAGGGAACAGGUUAAUGAGCCGAGAAAGAUCCUUGAAAAUCAAAUGACGAUUAUGGUGGAGAGUAGCCGGUCGUUCCUCUUCACAGAGUAUGCACGGUCUGGGUGUGGAACAUUCAAGGACCAGGGGACGGACCCAAAGGUUUGGGAUACGUUGCCAGACAAAUUCUCGUCGUAUCCCAACAUCCAGGAGAUACUGCGGCAGGUCAAGGCGGAUAAGGAGGAGAGGAAACGGAAGUUGGAGGUGUAUUAUGACGAUGAGCGAUUGGCGAAGCUGGCUCGGUCAUAG